AUGCCAUCGUCAUCAUCGGCGGUGGCUCGGCCGGUCUCACCGCCGCUGGCCCUAGUCAAAGUUGGCAAGGUCGCGCAACUGGUCCGUCAGGCCAGCAAGUUUGGCCUGGAAGGCGUGCCGGACCCGACUGCCGUCAAAGCUGACAUGGACAAAGUCCGAGCCUAUCUUCGGCAAGCCAUCGACACAGUCCAUGCCAAAGAAUCGCCAGAGCGCCUGCGAGAAAGAGGCAUUGAGGUCCUACUUGGGACUGCGAGCUUCAUCACCAACACGCGCCUGCGCAUUGACAUGCUUGACGGAACGCAAGAUCCGCAGAUGAUCGAUGCCGAGCACGUGUUGCUGUGCACUGGCGCACGGCCCCGAAUCCCAGACUUUGUCAAGGCCUCGGAUGCGCCAUUUCUCACCUACGAGCGCAUUUUCGAGCUGGAAGAGCUGCCUGAGCAUUUGAUCGUCGUCGGCGGUGGCCCAUUGGGCUGCGAAAUGGCCCAGGCAUGUUGUUUUCGCCGCCUUGGCUCGCAAGUUACAAUCAUGGCACGCUCCAUCCUGCCUCGUGAGGAUGUCGAUGCCAGCGAUGCCCUCCGUGCUGUCUUUGAUGAUGAAGGCAUUGCCCUGAUCUCGGAAAAAGCUUGUGCGCUACGCAAAGGCCAGAACGGCCAAGGCAUCGAGGUUGAGGGAGAUUCAAGGACAUCAGUGGCAGGCUCCCAUGUUUUGUUCGCCGUUGGAAGCAUUCUCGGCGCUCGCCUCUUUGAGAGCGUUUCAAAAACAAAACCCCCCCCCUCAGAAGCACUGUUCCCUAGAGUACCCAUUCUGGACCGCCUCAACCUGAGUAAUGCCGGGAUUGACUAUGAAGAGGAUAAGGGAAUCACGGUCAACGAGUAUCUGCACACCAACAUCCCCCACAUCUAUGGAGCUGGUGACUGCAUUGGCGGUCACCAGUACACCCAUUAUGCCGGCUGGCAGGCUGUGACAGCCAUUCGUAACAUGGCUCUCCCCUUGCACAGCAAAGGCUUCCCUUCGCUGAUACCAAACUGCACCUUUACCGACCCGGAGGUGGCUUCUGUGGGCCUUGGAGAGCGCGACUUUCUUGCUCAGCAUCCACACGGCUUGAUUCUGAAACGAAAAAUGCAGGAGGUAGACCGGGCCAUCUGUGAGAAUGAUGGUGAUCAUGGUUUCAUCAAGCUGCUUGUAAAUAAGCACUUCCACCUUCUGGGUGCCACCGUCGUGGGCCCCAGAGCGGGCGAGCUGCUGGGGGAGCUGACAGUCUGCAUGCACAAUGACAUCAAGGUUACGGACCUAGCCAAGGUGAUGCACGCGUAUCCAAGCUUUGCAUUCGAGCUGCAAGCCAUGGCCGCUGACUUGGCACUGGAACAUGUGUAUGAUGGCUUCAAGGGCAAGUUGGCUGAACGCUUUAAAAAGGUUUAG